GCAAUCGUUUGGCAGGAUCACAACAUAAAACAGUUCUUAGAGGGAAUGACGCAGGCAUUUCUUUUGCAGCGUUGGACUUUCGUUUUAUAAGGAAUUAUGACACUGAGCCGUGGCCCGUACAGCGAGCUCGAUAAAAUGAGCCUUUUUCAAGACCUCAAACUCAAGCGACGCAAAAUCGAUUCAAGAUGCAGCAGUGACGGCGAAUCCAUAGCGGACACAUCCACCUCGUCGCCGGAUCUAUUGGCGCCGAUGUCGCCGAAGCUCUGUGACAGCGGCACGACGCCGACGCUGCCGUCGCUGCCGUCGGUGACGGUGACGGUGACAACAGCGGCGUCCACAUCGGCGGCAGCUGCCGCCACCUCAUCAUCAUCAUCAUCAGCAGGAGCAGGAGCAGCAAGUGGAGCAGCAGCAACUGCAGCAGAUGCAUCAUCUUCAAUGUCAACGACAGCCGGCAGCUGUCCGAGCAGCAGCAGCAGCAGCAACACCAUCACCAUAACCGCAACAGCAGCAGCCAAGGCAGCAGCAUCGGCAGCCGCAGCAGCGGCAGCAGCAGCAGCCGUGGCAGCAACAGUUGCUGUUGCUGCGGCGAACAGUGGAUCGGCCGGUGGAUCCAAGCAUCAACAGACUGAAAUCAACUCAUCCAGCAGUGCGAUCACAGCGGCGGCUGCUUCUACAGUUAUGUCCCCUCCGCCGUCGGCAGCGACGCCGCCGCUGGCCCUUGACACUGGCGGAGGUGGAGGCGGCGGCGGUGUCGGGGGCGGGGUUGAGGCCCUGUCGCUGGCAUUGAGUGCACGCGGCACGCCGACGCCGCCACACAACAAUGGCGGCGCCUCCAGCUCGAGCAAUGGCAGCAGUCGCCUGGCCUCGCCCGACUCGCUGGAGGAGAAACCCUCAACGACGACGGGCGGCCGCAACAGUGCCACGCCCACCAACGGCCUGCUGGCGACCAGUAGCAGCAGUGGAGGCGGCGGC